GCGAGACUCUGCGAGAUGGGUAAUGCCGUGCGAGGCGCCGUUGCCUUCAUUCCCUCAGAGCGCUGUCAACGCUUUCUCUUGGGGGACUUGAAGGAAAUGCCGCCCGAUCGGACCCUGGACCUCAGCGGCCGGCAGCUGCGCCGGCUGCCUGUUGCCGCCUGUGUCUUCGGUGAGUUAGUGAAGCUCUACCUGAGUGACAACAACCUGAGCGCUCUACCUGCUGAACUGCAGGGCCUGAAGAAGCUGCAGCUCUUAGCCCUGGACUUUAACUGUUUUGAAGAGCUCCCUGCAGCAGUUUGCAGAUUGCCUCAGCUCAGCAUCCUUUACCUGGGUAACAACAAGCUUUACAGCCUCCCCGGAGAACUGAGAGAGCUCAAGGAACUUAAUACUCUGUGGCUUGAGACUAAUUGCUUCACUGUUUUUCCACAGGUAGUUUGUGAGCUCCCCAAUUUAAAGACCCUGCACUUUGGUUAUAACCAGAUAGAGAGUUUACCGACCGAGCUGAGAUUGCUGGAAGAGCUUCGAAGUAUAUGGCUCGCUGGGAACCAGCUCGCAGCGUUCCCGUCGGUGUUGCUGGAAAUGCACUUCUUAGCUGUCAUUGAUGUGGAUCGGAACAAAAUACGUCACUUCCCGGGCCUGUCUCACUUGCAGGGGUUGAAACUCGUCAUCUAUGACCACAACCCCUGUGUUAAUGCCCCGGUGGUGGGCGAGGGAGUCCGAAGAAUCGGGCGGUGGGCGGACAGCCCGGACGAUGUGCUGGAGGGGGAUGGAUCCAAAGCAGCCAGUGAGACCGCAGCGCAGGUCUCGGAGGGACACCCCGAGGAGGAGCGUAACAUAUAGGGUCAAGGAACAAAGUGACCUUCAGCCUGCGAGACGCCUGGCAGUACAGGAUGAUGUUCAAGUGGAACACUUCAAGUCGAGUGAAGUGUUGUUUAUCAGGCUGGUGGCAUUUGGUCCAUAUACGGCCAAGUCAGGUUGUUGUACGAGUUGUUGACAAAAAGAGAAAUGUCAACCCGGGAAUAAA